CCUUCCACAAUGAAAUCCCUAAUUGUUCUAAAUCUGAUUGUGGCCACGGUCUCGGCUGGCAUUGUGCCACCAAUUCACGAACGUCUUCCUGCCAUUCCAGUAAUGCCCCUGCCAGAAUUUGAGGGACGCAUUACCAAUGGUGAAUUGGCCAGGGCUGGCCAGUUUCCCUAUCAGGUGGGACUGAGUUUGGCCUUUGGCGAAGAUACUUUCUGGUGUGGCGGUACUUUGAUUUCGAAUCGUUGGAUUUUAACGGCUGCCCAUUGUACAGAUGGCGCUGAUGGUGUCACAAUUUACUUGGGCGCCAUUGAUGUUCGCAACCACAAUGAAAAGGGUCAACAACGGAUCUACUCCUCCAAAUCGUACAUUAUUGUUCACGAACAAUGGAAUGGUCAGACAAUGGCCAAUGACAUCUCCCUCAUCAAAAUGCCAGUAAUUAUUGAGUUCAAUGAUCGCAUCCAACCGGCAGUUUUACCCAAGAAGAAUGGUCAAUAUUCGUCAUAUGAAGGAGAAUUGGUUUGGGCCUCCGGCUGGGGUAGAGACAGUGAUGAAGCCUCAUCUAUUUCUCAAUUCUUGCGUUACAUUGAGGUACCCGUCAUGAAGCAGAGUACCUGCAAUACCUAUUAUUUGGGAUCGAUUAGCGAAAAGAUGAUUUGCAUCAGUACCAAGGGUAAGAAGUCCACCUUAUCCCCCGCUUACAAAAUGGCAAAGUGUAACCCCUUAUGGUAUCACUUACUGGCCCUCUACUGUGUAAUGGGUCUGGGGAGAACUAGCCUAGCCCUGGAUUGGAAUAAAGUGAAACCCAUGUAUUUGGUGGCCAUGAAUCCGAAACCCACCAACUCGGCCAUGCACGAUGCCAACGAUGAUGAACCGUUGGUCCUGAAUCUAGAAACCGAACCCAUGCCCGAUAAUGACAUUACCAAAGAAGCCAUGAAUCGUAUAUUUGGUGGCAAUGAAGCGGAUAAAUCCAGUUUUCCCUAUCAAAUUGGUUUCCUGCUACAGAGACCCAAGGGUCUUUAUUGGUGUGGAGGAUCCUUGAUAUCCCAUGAAUUUGUCCUGACGGCGGCCCAUUGUGUGGAUAUGGCCUCCCGUGCUUUGGUGUUUCUGGGCGCCCACGACAUCAAGAAUCCCGAUGAACCUGGCCAAAUACGCAUGAUGGUCUAUCACCGUGAUUUCUAUAUAUUUCCCACAUGGAAUCCUCGCAAGCUCAAGGAUGACAUUGCCAUAGUGCAUUUGCCGAAAUCGAUAAGUUAUAAUGAUUAUAGCUUCUGCCGGAUUUAA